AUGGUCUACGCUACUAAGAUGCCAAAGGUCAACCUGGUGCGAACUGACAGCAAUGAUGCUCUCAAGGAUGAAAUAGUUCUACCCAGGGGUACUCUCGUGACUUGCCUUGUAGGCAUAGAGCUGCAGUAUGAAGAUGUUGGUGCUCCUAUUCAAUUUCUGGAGUUCUUUCAUUCAUUUGGCAAGAUCUGCAAAAUAAGGAAGGGGCAACUAGAAGAAACUCUCAAAGACUUAACUCAAAUUGAAGAGGUGUCUUUAGUUGUUGUUGACCUUCACAUAAAGCUGUUGUCCAUCAUAGAAAUUGGCAAAGAUAUCUCUUUUGAGUAUCCAGGACAUGGAGAUGAAUGGAUAAGAAAAGUCGGCGAGUACAUCACUUUGACAUUACAUACAGAAGAUUUCACCCUUCACUGCUUAAAUUAGGGGGUAUCGAGAUAUAAAAAUUUGAACCCUUCUU